UCAUCCCAAAACGACACCGUACCAUCAACUAACAGUUCACCUACUCAACUCUCCCUCUCACCUCCUAACCCGGUAACCCCGCUCCAUUAAACAAACCGAAACAAGAAAAUAUAACAAAGUUUUUUUGCCAAUGGAGUUUCUUUAAAAACACUCCCAUUCUUUUUAUAUGUGCAUGCAAAAUUGUAUUUUUUCUUUUAGUUUUUAAUUUUUUGUUCGUACAAUGGCCGUACGGACAAUGAAAAAUGUUUGAGCCCAUCAGACCAAUUUGUAUUGGAUUCUUUUCAAAUUGCUUCAUGUUCAAUGAAGCUUAUGUAGAGGGAUAAAUCAAGAAUUUUUAGACUGUUUUCAGUUCUAUCAUCAGUUCUCAAAGUAAUUCUUUUUUCUUUCUAGAUAUGAUUAAUUCAGGAAACGGUAUAGGAACAGAUUAUUCUUUCUCUGUGUUGCUUGAGCACGCGGCAGAUAACGAUGUUGAGGGUUUUAAGCGUUCGGUAUGUGAUGAAUCCGAGAUUGGAAUGGUUGGACUUUGGUUUGGUCAUCAGAAAUUUUCGAAAAAGCGGGCUCUUGAGCUUCGUACCCCGUUGAUGGUUGCUGCUAAAUAUGGCAGUGUUGAUGUUGUGAAGCUUAUUAUUGCUUUGCCUGAGGUGGAUGUAAAUUUCUCGUGUGGUCCGGAUAAAUGCACGGCCCUUCAUUGUGCAGCUUCUGGUGGAUCUGUUAAUGCUGUUGAUGUUGUUAGGCUGCUUUUACUUGCUGGUGCUGAUCCUAAAAGCUCUGACGCUAAUGGACAUCGUCCUGUGGAUGUUGUUGCUGCUUCUCCGAUAUAUCCGCAUUUGAAAAUUGUCCUUGAAGAUAUCUUGAAGAAUAGUGGUUUUGUUUGUCAAUGGGAUCUACAGAUUUCAACUAAUAGUUUGAGAUCCUCUCCUCCGCCCAUUUCAUGGUCAUCAGAAGAAGGUUCGCUAUCUUCUAUCUCGGGUAUGAUGUUGUCAUCACUUAAUUGUAAGCCUAUGGAUGCACAGGUUUCAUCUGUAAAGAAAGGAUAUCCUGUUGAUCCAUCUCUUCCUGAUAUCAAGAACAGUAUUUUUACUACGGAUGAGUUUCGAAUGUUCUGUUUUAAAAUCCAGCCUUGCUCACGGGCAUAUUCCCAUGACUGGACUGAAUGUCCUUUUGUUCAUCCUGGUGAGAAUGCUCGGAGAAGAGACCCGAGGAGGUUUAAUUACAGCUGUGUGCCGUGCCCAGAUCAUAGGAGAGGGGCAUGUAGGCGUGGGGAUAUGUGCGAGUAUUCUCAUGGGAUUUUCGAGUGCUGGCUACACCCAGCUCAAUACAGGACUCGACUUUGUAAGGAUGGCACUAGCUGUACACGCAGGGUCUGCUUUUUCGCUCAUACGUCCCACGAAGUUAGGCCCUUGUAUGCAUCUGUUGAUGCUGCAACGCAAUUACCACAAGCAGCUGCCAUGGAUUUCACUGCUGCCUUGAACCUUUUGUCUGGUUCCCCUUCAUCUGCAUCGCCCAUGUCACAUUUUCCAUUUACUCCACCUUUGUCUCCUCGAAAUGAUUUCCAUUUACCCAUGGCCUGGCCUCAGCAGAACACCUCUAAUUUGCAGAGCUUUGGCAGCAAUCUUCAAGCCAGCCGUCUGAGAACACCUUUUUCUGGAAGGUACAUUCCAUCUGAGGAGCUUAAUAGGCUCCAAGAUUUUGAGUUGCAGCAGCUAAAUCUUCAAAAUGAGGUGUCCUCUAUGUCUCUGCCACUUCCCAACUGUUUCUCAACGGAUAUUUCCACUCGUUUGAGACAGUUGAAUACAUUGAAUUUGGACAGGCAACUGACUAUGGAGGUUUCAUCCGCGCAGAACACCAAUCAACUGGAUGCUGCAUCGAAGUUUCCCCCUUCUUACAAAUCUGCAGUACUUAAUAAGCAAAGCAUGCUAUCACCUAUAAGAACAAGCGUCUUUUCUGCAAAAAAUGUUGAUUAUCCUUUGCAGGCUUCAUUUGAUUCUUCUUCACCAAGGAGAAUGUCACCUAGGAUCAGCGAGCCUAUGUCCCUAGUGGGAUCCCAGCUAGCCAGCGAGAAGCAGCAACUGCAACCUGGCAGCCUAUUCUCAAGGGAACUUGGCUCUGACCACACUUAUGAUCUUGGAUUGAAUAGUGGCAAUUCAUGGCCGGAUCAGAAAUCCGUCACCAAGAAAGUAGAUUGGUCGAUUGAAGAAUAUGAAGAGAGUCGGUUACAGAAAUUGCGUUCAGGUGCUCAUAGCGGGCACGACCCUGAUCUGUCAUGGGUUCAAUCAGUGCUUAAGGAACCAUCAUUGGAGACAGAAGAAACAAGUGUUGGUUUAGUCUCAGGUUCUGUUCCAGAUUCCCUGAAUGACUCGAACGAUCAUGUCGGGUUGCCAGCUUGGCUUGAAGGAAUGCAGUUUGAUCAGAUUGUUUCUUAGCAAAAACCAAAGUUAUUCACUUCAAGGUUGAGGUAGUUCAAACUGAAUCCUAAUUCUUUAAUUACUUGUAUGAGAAUCAACAAAAGCUCAUAGAUUUUUCAAAUGAUAAAUUGCAGAACCAAUCAAGAGAGAUAAUAAUCCUCUUAUGGGGAUAUCCGCAAAUACCGAUAAGUUUUCACUAUCUUUAGGCUCAUUUUUUCCCCUUCAAAUUUUUUUGUUCAAAACAUACAUGUAUCUUUAGAUUUAGCUAAUACUCACCAAUUUUACAUAUAUUUUGAUUGAUACCAUAUGAUGAGAAAUUUGUAAUAGACUUUUGAUGAUGUAAGAAUCUUAUAAAUACCUAUAAAAAUUGGUUUUUUCA